CACAUGUGCAGCAAGGGGCAUUGUUGGCAAAGAAGAGAGGAGGAGGAGGCGAGGGGGAAGAGAGCAGAGCAGGUCUGAACAAUAGAGAGAGGAGAAGGGGUUGGCAGAGAGCCUGCUGUUGCUGGAGGUGUUUGGGGGCGGGAGGGGACUGCAAACCUCACACGACUGGCAGGCAGUAGGAGCAGCUGCUGCUAAGCCCAGGGAGCAGCAGCCCCAGCAGAGCUCACCAGACACCAUGGAAGGGAUGAUCCCGGUGGUGCACGGCUGGGCUAGCUGCUGAAAGCGCCUCCAUCCAUCCCUCCCUCUUUCUCUCUCCCUUUGCUUCUCCUCCUCCCGAACUCACUGGAUAUUAGCAGCAGCCGGGCUCGCCUCUUCUUUCCCCAGCCAUGAAUCUCGCAGAAGGGGCAGCGGAGGAAGGCGCUGUCCCCGAUUCCGAGGUGGAUGCUUUUUUCCGAACAGGGUCUUUUCGAAAUGAUGGAUUAAAAGCUGCUGAUGUCCUUCCAAUACUAAAGGAGAAAGUGGCCUUUGUGUCAGGUGGCCGUGAUAAACGAGGUGGUCCCAUCCUGACCUUUCCAGCACGCAGCAAUCAUGAUAGAAUAAGGCAGGAAGACCUUCGGAAACUUGUGACUUAUUUGGCCAGUGUGCCAAGUGAAGAUGUCUGUAAACGAGGAUUCACUGUUAUUAUCGAUAUGCGGGGAUCGAAGUGGGACUUGAUAAAGCCUCUUCUGAAGACCCUUCAAGAAGCAUUCCCUGCUGAGAUCCAUGUUGCCCUGAUUAUCAAACCUGACAACUUCUGGCAGAAGCAGAAAACUAAUUUUGGCAGUUCCAAAUUCAUCUUUGAGACAAGUAUGGUCUCUGUUGAAGGCCUAGCAAAACUUGUGGAUCCUUCCCAGCUGACUGAUGAGUUUGAAGGAUCCUUGGAUUACAACCAUGAUGAAUGGAUAGAGCUGCGGGUCUCCUUGGAAGAGUUUUUCAACAGUGCCAUCCAUUUAUUAUCAAGGCUAGAGGACCUCCAGGAAAUGUUGGCUAGGAAGGAAUUUCCAGUUGAUGUAGAAGGGUCAAGAAGGCUGAUUGAUGAGCACACACAGCUUAAAAAGAAAGUGAUCAAAGCUCCCGUGGAGGAACUGGACCGUGAGGGCCAAAGGUUAUUACAAUGCAUAAGAUGCAGCGAUGGUUUUUCUGGUAGGAACUGCAUUCCUGGGAGUGCAGACUUCCAAAGUCUUGUGCCAAAGAUCACCAGUCUGUUGGACAAACUGCAUUCAACCCGGCAACACUUGCAUCAGAUGUGGCAUGUUCGCAAACUGAAACUAGACCAAUGCUUUCAACUCCGACUCUUUGAGCAAGAUGCUGAGAAGAUGUUUGACUGGAUCAGCCACAACAAAGAAUUGUUCCUGCAGAGUCAUACAGAGAUUGGAGUGAGCUACCAACAUGCACUCGAUUUGCAAACACAGCAUAAUCACUUUGCAAUGAAUUCCAUGAAUGCCUACGUCAACAUCAAUCGGAUCAUGUCGGUUGCGUCCAGGCUUUCAGAGGCAGGCCAUUAUGCUUCCCAGCAAAUUAAACAAAUCUCUACCCAGCUGGAUCAAGAAUGGAAGAGCUUUGCUGCAGCUCUGGAUGAGCGCAGUACCAUCCUUGCCAUGUCUGCUGUAUUUCACCAGAAGGCUGAGCAGUUCCUUUCAGGUGUGGAUGCCUGGUGUAAAAUGUGUAGUGAAGGAGGCCUCCCAUCGGAAAUGCAAGACCUGGAGCUGGCCAUCCAUCAUCAUCAGUCUCUGUAUGAACAGGUGACCCAGGCUUACACAGAGGUAAGCCAGGACGGGAAGGCUUUGCUGGAUGUCCUGCAGCGUCCCUUGAGCCCUGGAAACUCUGAAUCUCUUACUGCUACUGCUAAUUAUUCCAAGGCUGUCCACCAGGUCUUGGAUGUGGUACAUGAAGUCUUGCAUCACCAGCGGCGCCUAGAGAGCAUCUGGCAGCACAGAAAAGUCCGAUUACAUCAAAGGCUGCAGCUCUGUGUUUUCCAGCAGGAUGUUCAGCAGGUAUUGGACUGGAUUGAAAACCAUGGGGAAGCCUUUCUUAGUAAACACACUGGAGUGGGAAAGUCUCUGCACAGGGCACGAGCCCUUCAGAAAAGACAUGAUGAUUUUGAAGAAGUAGCACAGAAUACAUACACGAAUGCAGACAAGCUUUUAGAGGCUGCAGAGCAGUUGGCUCAGACUGGGGAAUGUGACCCUGAAGAGAUCUACAAAGCAGCCCGGCAUCUGGAAGUGAGGAUUCAGGACUUUGUCCGGAGAGUGGAACAGAGGAAACUUCUCUUGGACAUGUCUGUCUCCUUCCACACUCACACCAAAGAGCUGUGGACAUGGAUGGAAGAUCUGCAGAAGGAGCUCUUAGAGGACGUCUGUGCUGACUCGGUGGAUGCGGUUCAGGAGCUUAUCAAGCAGUUCCAACAGCAGCAAACAGCCACGCUGGAUGCUACCCUCAAUGUCAUUAAAGAAGGGGAAGAUCUAAUCCAACAGCUCAGGGACUCAGCGGUAUCCAACAAUAAGACUCCACACAAUAGCUCCAUCAGCCACAUUGAAUCUGUCCUUCAGCAGCUUGACGAGGCCCAGGUACAGAUGGAAGAGCUCUUCCAUGAGCGGAAAAUUAAACUAGACAUCUUUCUUCAGCUCCGGAUUUUUGAACAGUAUACCAUUGAGGUAACAGCAGAGCUAGAUGCCUGGAAUGAAGAUUUGCUGAGACAAAUGAAUGAUUUCAAUACCGAGGACCUCACUCUGGCUGAGCAGCGCUUGCAGCGCCACACCGAACGGAAACUGGCCAUGAACAAUAUGACCUUUGAGGUUAUCCAGCAAGGGCAAGAUUUACACCAGUACAUCAUGGAAGUCCAAGCUUCAGGCAUUGAACUAAUCUGCGAAAAGGACAUUGAUCUUGCGACACAAGUGCAAGAGCUGCUGGAGUUCCUUCAUGAGAAACAGCAUGAACUAGAGCUUAACGCCGAUCAGACUCACAAACGGCUAGAGCAGUGCCUACAGCUCCGGCACCUACAGGCUGAGGUCAAGCAGGUGCUCGGCUGGAUUCGGAAUGGGGAAUCAAUGCUCAAUGCCAGCCUCGUCAACGCAAGCUCCCUUUCAGAAGCUGAGCAGCUCCAGCGAGAACACGAGCAAUUUCAACUGGCCAUAGAGUCCCUCUUUCAUGCCACUUCCUUACAGAAGACACACCAGAGCGCUCUGCAGGUACAGCAAAAGGCUGAAGUAUUGCUACAGGCUGGGCACUAUGAUGCUGAUGCCAUCCGGGAGUGUGCUGAAAAGGUGGCAUUACAUUGGCAACAGCUGAUGUUGAAGAUGGAGGAUAGACUCAAGCUGGUCAAUGCAUCAGUUGCUUUCUAUAAAACCUCUGAGCAGGUGUGCAGUGUGCUGGAGAGUCUGGAACAGGAGUACAGAAGAGAUGAAGAUUGGUGUGGAGGUCGGGAUAAGCUUGGACCAGCAGCUGAGAUAGACCAUGUCAUCCCCCUUAUCAGCAAGCAUCUGGAACAGAAGGAGGCUUUUCUCAAGGCCUGCACAUUAGCACGAAGGAACGCUGAAGUAUUCCUCAAGUACAUUCACAGGAACAAUGUCAGCAUGCCUGGAGUAGCAAGCCAUACCAGGGGGCCUGAGCAGCAAGUGAAAGCCAUUCUGAGCGAGCUGCUGCAGAGAGAGAACCGGGUUCUUCACUUCUGGACUUUGAAGAAACGGAGAUUAGAUCAGUGCCAACAGUACGUGGUCUUUGAGCGCAGUGCCAAACAGGCCUUAGACUGGAUCCAAGAAACAGGCGAAUAUUACCUCUCUACUCACAAUUCCACUGGGGAAUCAGCAGAAGAAACUCAGGAACUCCUGAAAGAAUAUGGGGAAUUCAGAGUACCCGCCAAGCAAACCAAGGAGAAAGUGAAGCUUCUCAUACAGCUGGCUGACAGCUUUAUAGAAAAAGGACAUAUACAUGCUGCUGAAAUUAGGAAAUGGGUCACCACUGUUGACAAACGCUAUCGAGACUUCUCUCUGAGGAUGGGGAAAUACCGCUACUCACUGGAAAAAGCCCUUGGAAUCAAUACAGAGGAUAACAAGGACCUGGAACUGGACAUCAUUCCAGCGAGUCUUUCAGACCGAGAGGUGAAGCUGCGAGAUGCAAAUCACGAGGUUAAUGAAGAAAAAAGGAAAUCAGCCAGAAAGAAAGAAUUCAUUAUGGCUGAACUGCUUCAGACUGAAAAAGCUUAUGUCAGAGACUUACAUGAAUGUUUAGAGACCUACCUUUGGGAAAUGACAAGUGGAGUGGAGGAGAUACCCCCUGGGAUUCUUAAUAAAGAACAUAUCAUCUUUGGCAACAUUCAGGAGAUUUAUGACUUCCAUAACAACAUUUUCCUGAAAGAACUAGAGAAAUAUGAACAACUGCCUGAAGACGUGGGACACUGCUUUGUCACCUGGGCAGAUAAAUUUCAGAUAUAUGUCACCUACUGCAAAAACAAGCCUGAUUCCAGCCAGCUCAUCCUGGAACAUGCAGGGACUUUCUUUGAUGAAAUUCAACAAAGGCAUGGCCUGGCCAACUCUAUCUCCUCCUAUUUAAUCAAGCCUGUCCAGAGGAUCACCAAAUACCAGCUUUUACUGAAGGAACUCUUAACCUGUUGUGAAGAAGGCAAAGGAGAACUCAAAGAUGGCCUGGAAGUGAUGCUCAGUGUCCCCAAGAAAGCCAAUGAUGCCAUGCACGUCAGCAUGCUGGAAGGCUUUGAUGAAAACCUGGAUGUUCAGGGAGAGCUCAUCCUUCAGGAUUCCUUUCAAGUGUGGGAUCCCAAGUCUCUCAUUCGGAAAGGCCGCGAGAGACACUUGUUUCUCUUUGAAAUCUCUUUGGUUUUUAGCAAAGAGAUCAAAGAUUCUUCAGGACACACUAAAUAUGUUUACAAGAACAAACUACUGACCUCAGAACUGGGAGUGACAGAGCACGUUGAGGGAGAUCCCUGUAAGUUUGCCUUGUGGUCCGGACGGACACCAUCCUCAGACAACAAAACAGUGCUGAAAGCAUCCAGUAUUGAAACAAAACAGGAAUGGAUCAAAAAUAUCCGGGAAGUCAUUCAGGAGAGGAUUAUCCAUUUGAAAGGAGCUUUGAAGGAGCCAAUCCAGCUCCCCAAGACACCAGCAAAGCAGAGAAAUAACAGUAAAAGAGAUGGAGUGGAUGAUGCAGACAGCCAAGGAGAUGGGAGCAGUCAGCCGGAUACCAUUUCCAUUGCAUCCAGGACCUCACAGAACACAGUGGACAGUGACAAGUUGUCUGGAGGGUGUGAACUAACCGUGGUGCUGCAAGACUUUACAGCCGGCCACAGCAGCGAGCUGAGCAUCCAGGUGGGACAGACAGUGGAGUUACUGGAAAGGCCCAGCGAAAGGCCUGGCUGGUGUUUGGUACGGACAACUGAGCGGAGCCCCCCUCAGGAAGGCCUAGUCCCCAGCAGCACUCUCUGCAUCUCCCAUUCCCGGAGCAGUGUGGAAAUGGAUUGCUUCUUCCCUUCAGGAAAAGAUGCAUAUUCAGUCUCUUCCAAUGAAAAUGGAGGCAAGUCAGAAUCAGUGGCCAACUUGCAGCCUCAGUCAUCCCUUAACUCAAUCCAGAGCUCUCCUGGCCCAAAGCGUUCAACCAACACACUGAAAAAAUGGCUGACCAGUCCUGUGCGUCGGCUGAACAGUGGGAAGGCUGAGAGUAACAUCAAAAAACAGAAGAAAGUGCGAGAUGGCAGGAAAAGCUUUGACCUGGGUUCACCGAAGCCUGGAGAUGAGACCACUCCUCAAGGGGACAGUGCAGAUGAAAAGAGUAAGAAGGGCUGGGGAGAAGAUGAGCCAGAUGAAGAAUCCCACACACCGCUUCCUCCUCCUAUGAAGAUUUUUGACAAUGACCCUACGCAGGAUGAGAUGUCCUCCUCUUUGCUAGCUGCUCGUCAGAGCUCCUCUGAUGUCCCAACUGCUGCGGAUCUUGUCAGUGCAAUAGAAAAGUUGGUCAAAAGUAAGCUGACCCUAGAAGGAGGAACUUAUCGAGGAAGCUUAAAAGAUGGCACUGGGUGUUUAAAUGAAGGGAUGACGCCUUCAACUCCCCCAAGAAACCUUGAAGAGGAACAAAAAGCCAAAGCAAUGAGAGGCAGGAUGUUUGUCUUAAAUGAGCUGGUGCAGACUGAGAAAGACUAUGUCAAAGACUUGGGAAUUGUGGUAGAGGGCUUCAUGAAGAGAAUAGAAGAAAAAGGGGUUACUGAAGAUAUGAAAGGGAAAGACAAGAUUGUAUUUGGCAAUAUCCACCAGAUUUAUGACUGGCACAAGGACUUUUUCCUGGCUGAACUGGAAAAAUGUCUCCAGGAACAUGACCGUUUAGCACAGCUUUUUAUCAAACAUGAGAGGAGAUUACACAUGUAUGUGGUGUACUGUCAAAACAAACCACGAUCAGAAUACAUAGUAGCUGAAUAUGAUGCAUACUUUGAGGAGGUACAACAAGAAAUAAACCAACGGUUAACCCUCAGUGACUUUUUAAUCAAACCUAUUCAAAGAAUAACCAAGUACCAGCUUCUACUCAAGGAUUUCCUGAGAUACAGUGAGAAAGCUGGGCUGGAAUGUUCCGAUAUAGAGAAAGCAGUUGAAUUAAUGUGCCUUGUACCAAAACGUUGCAAUGAUAUGAUGAACCUGGGCCGUCUUCAGGGCUUUGAGGGCAAGCUGACUGCUCAAGGAAAGCUGCUGCAGCAGGAUACAUUCUAUGUAACUGAGCAGGAUUCUGGAGGGCUGUCUAGGCCUAAGGAGCGCAGGGUCUUCCUCUUUGAGCAAAUAGUCAUCUUUAGUGAACUUCUUAGGAAAGGCUCUUUAACACCAGGCUACAUGUUCAAGAGAAGUAUAAAGAUGAACUAUCUAAUCCUUGAAGAAAUAGUGGAUGAUGAUCCCUGUAAAUUUGCUCUUAUGAGCCGAGAAACUUCAGAACGAGUCAUUUUACAGGCUGCCAAUCCUGAAAUUCAGCAAGCUUGGAUACAGGACAUCAAUCAGGUUCUGGACACACAGAGAGACUUCCUAAAUGCACUACAGUCGCCCAUAGAGUAUCAACGCAAAGAGAGUACCUCUGCUGUAAUGAGGCCACAAGCUAGUAGGGUGUCUCAGCCCAACAGCAGACCAUAUUCUUCUGUUCCAGUAGGGUCCGAGAAGCCUUCAAAGGCUACAAGCCGUAACCCAUCUCUGCCACCCCUGAAGAUAUCUACCUCCAAUGGCAGUGCAGGGUAUGAACAUCACCAGCCUGGGGACAAAUACGAACAAAGCAAGAUUGACUUGGGAGGGUGCAAUGGGACCUCUUCCAUGGUGGUAAUCAAAGAUUACUAUGCACUGAAGGAGAAUGAGAUCUGUGUGAAUCAGGGCGAGGUGGUUCAGAUCCUUGCCAUCAACCAGCAAAAUAUGUUCCUGGUGUACCAGCCUGCAAACGACCACUCUCCGGCCGCUGAAGGAUGGAUUCCAGGCAAUAUCUUGGCUCCCCUCACUAAAUCCACUACAGAUAAUAGCGACGGAAGCAUCAAGAAGUCAUGUUCAUGGCAUACCCUGCGCAUGAGAAAGCGGGCGGAAAAGGAGAGCAGUGGCAAAAAUGAAUCCAAUGGGCCACGUAAAUCCAAGGAUAUUCUGGGCAACAAAGUCUCUGUUAAAGAGACCAACAGCUCGGAGGAAUCAGAGUGUGAUGACCUUGACCCCAAUACUAGCAUGGAGAUAAUGAACCCAAAUUUCAUCCAAGAAGUGGCUCCAGAGUUCCUUGUGCCAUUAGUGGAUAUCACCUGUUUGCUUGGUGACACAGUGAUGCUUCAGUGCAAAGUGUGUGGACGGCCAAAGCCCAACAUAACCUGGAAGGGACCGGAUCAAAAUAUUCUCGACAAUGAGAACAGCACAGCCACUUAUACAGUUUCAUCCUGUGAUUCUGGGGAAAUCACCCUGAAGAUCUGUAACCUGAUGCCGCAGGACAGUGGUAUUUACACCUGUGUGGCAACAAAUGAACAUGGAACAGCCUCGACCUCAGCUACCGUCAAAGUGCAAGGUGUUCCAGCAGCCCCAAACCGUCCCAUUGCUCAGGAAAGAAGCUGCACUUCAGUGAUCCUUCGCUGGCUGCCCCCAUCCAGUACUGGCAAUUGCACCAUUUCAGGCUACACCGUAGAGUACAGAGAAGAAGGAGCCCAGGUCUGGCAGCAGUCAGUAGCCUCCACUUUGGAUACCUAUCUCGUCAUUGAAGAUCUCACUCCAGGCUGUCGAUAUCAGUUCAGAGUCAGCGCUAGCAAUCCUUGGGGAAUUAGUUUACCUAGUGAGCCCUCAGAAUUUGUGAGCCUCCCUGAGUAUGAUGCUGCCGCUGAUGGUGCCACUGUUUCAUGGAAAGAAAACUUUGACUUUGCUUAUAUGGAAUUGCAUGAGAUUGGGAGGGGUCGAUUCUCCACAGUAAAGAAAUGUAUUCACAAAGCCACCAGGAAGGACGUCGCUGUGAAAUUCAUUAGUAAAAAAAUGAAAAAGAAAGAGCAGGCGGCACAUGAAGCAGCUUUGUUACAGCACUUGCAGCAUCCUCAGUACAUAACUAUCCACGAUACCUAUGAGUCGCCCACGUCUUAUAUCUUAGUUUUAGAGCUUAUGGAUGACGGCCGGCUCUUGGAUUAUCUUAUGAAUCAUGAUGAACUGAUGGAGGAAAAAGUAGCUUUCUACAUAAGAGACACAAUGGAAGCCUUACAGUAUCUUCACAAUUGCAGAGUGGCUCAUUUAGAUAUAAAGCCAGAAAAUCUGCUCAUUGACUUAAGGAUCCCAGUGCCUCGUGUCAAGCUUAUAGACUUGGAAGAUGCAGUUCAGAUCACGGGUCAUUACCAUGUUCAUCAGCUGCUUGGAAACCCUGAGUUUGCAGCUCCUGAAGUUAUCCAAGGUGCCCCUGUCUCACUGGGCACAGAUAUCUGGAGCAUUGGGGUCCUCACCUAUGUCAUGUUAAGUGGCGUCUCUCCAUUCCUGGAUGAAAGCAAAGAGGAGACGUGUAUAAACGUGUGCAGAGUGGAUUUCAGCUUCCCUCAUGAGUAUUUCUGUGAUGUGAGUCAUGCAGCCAGAGACUUCAUCAACGUUAUCCUCCAGGAUGACUUCAGGAGGAGGCCAACAGCAGCCACUUGUUUACAGCAUCCUUGGCUGCAGCCUCACAAUGGCAGCUAUUCCAAAAUCCCACUGGAUACCUCCCGUCUGGCUUGCUUCAUUGAGCGCCGCAGACACCAGUAUGAUGUGCAUCCAGUUCCCAACGUCAAGAGCUUCAUAAUGAGCAGGAUGAACCCGGGAACGUGAUGCAACGCAGUCCUGUGAUAUACACAGCUGGGCCUGAGGCAAGGCAUACAGUAUGAACAGAUACAAGGUGGAAUCUGUCUGUAUAUAAUUCUGUAUUAAGUAUUACAUACAUUUCAUGUGGUUUCCCAAACUGAGGGAUGUAACUCAUGCUAGUGGUUGCAGUAUUUGUCCAGUUACUCAGAACCAAAGUCAAUGUAGGUGCUGUUAAGUGGGCGUGCACACCUUCUUGACAAGGCUGCUCUUGGAAAGCAAGCAAUCUUCUGGUUAUAGUGAGGUUCAUAUUAUAAAGAGGGUGUUAAAAAUGGGAACCAAAAUACGUUGCCUUAGUUUUUUGAAAGGCAGCCUUAUUAGACAGCCUUGCGGUCUUGGCAGACUGAUUUGGAAGAGAGUAGUGUUUGGUGGAGUAAAACUAGGUUGACCCUAGGCAGUCGGCAUUUACUGCAAAACUGUGUUGGAUUCAGAUUUUGCUGAAACCAUUGCUAGCCAUGUGCCAGUUACAGGCAGGACUUUGCAAGCCCUUAAUACACGACUCCCAUUGACAUCAAUGGGGACUCAGCCUGCAGAGGGCAUGCAGGAUCAGGCCCUGUUCAUUGUAAUAUCAGCUUUUGUGGUUACCUGAUUUAAAUACAAUGUGAUUUCAGACACGCUCUCGUUACAUGGUAUUGCUCCCGCAUACCUCUUAAGAUGAGAAUACCAGUGGGAUUCCAGAGCUUUCUGCUACAUCAAACCAACAUGCAGUAACUUUUAGAGCUAUGGUUAAGGCAGUGAAUUCACUGUGGCAGAAAGCUGUUUUGACUAAGCACAAUGAGACGCUGAUGGUUUUUUAAAAACAUUUUAUAAACAUUGUACAGAAAUCUUUUCCAAAACCUGUGCACUGAGAAAAGGCUAUGUCUGAUUUUUGCAGUAUCUGUAAAUUAGAUGAUGAUGAUUUUUUUCUAUCAGGUUGUUCAAUUUACGUGUGUGUGUGUGUAAAGGAUCCUGUUCCAUUUCUAGCUCUGAAAUUGCUCGAUUCAAAGUCCAUCUAAAGCUGAUCAAAGUGCCGUAAGAGUAGUGGGUUCAUCUUUGUGCUUGCAGCUUCAAAAUGGGUUUCAGUGUUUAAAAUUGGUUGCUUAUUACACUUCCAGAUUCAUAAAUCUCUCUCCGUGCGCUUUAAGGCCUCCAUCACCAAAGCAUCCAUGAGACUAUUUUUAUGUCCUAGGCAAUUCAUUGGCUGGCCAAAUCUUCCCCUUUUUAGCCGCAGAAGAGGCAACUCACCGCCUAGUGGUUUUCCCCCUCCUGCUCCAAUAGCUCGGGGACCCUACAAAGUGUAAGGUCAGCCCUGUGUGGGGAUGGAUCUGAUAAUCAGCAAUGGAGUAUAUUUUUUCCAGGCACGUGGGUAAGUUCUGUCAGUUCUGAGAGCUAUCUGGGUGUCUGGAGUAGGUAAUACCACUGAUGUUACCAAGCCUGGUAAUAGUAAACCCUUCAUUCAUGGUGUUGGAAUUUCUUGAGGCAAAGGGCUUGAUUCAAUAACCUGUGCUAUCUAGUCGAUAUUGAGAAAUCACUUAAGGGCAGUAGCAAAAUCCAGCACACAGUCCUAGUGACUGGGCUGUGUCCUGGGAAUAUCCACAGGAGUUGGUUGGUGGGCAGAGAAGAAUUUUCUCCAUUGCCAGGUGAUGCAGUCACUCUACAAGGGCUACAAAAACAGUAAACUGAAUAAUAAUGGGGGAUUUCAGCUAUCCCCAUAUUGACUGGGAACAUGUCAUCUCAGGAUGGAAUGCAGAGACAACACUUCUAUAUUCCAUUAAUAACUGCUUCUUAGAGCAGCUAGUCCUGGAACCCACAAGGAAGGGGGAAUUCCUGAUUUAGUCCUAAAUGGUGCACAGGAUCUGGGCCAAGAGGUGAAUAGAGCUGGAUUGCUUGGUAAUAGCGACCAUAAUCUGAUUAAAUUUAACAUCGUUGGGGGGGUGGGAAACUGAAGAAACCCACCACAGUAGCAUCUAACUUCA